AUGUCAUUCCGUGGUACAAAAAUUAGCCAUGAAUUUAUGGAAAUCGCAUGUGAUCACGGAUGUCCAUUGUAUUCACACUGUGAAAAUGGCACAUGUCAUUGUGAUGAUGGUUUCACGGGCAGUACAAAAGAAGGAUGUGUCGAUGUUGAUGAAUGCGAACAGAAUCCAUGUACGGAAACUGAUUCAUGGUGUGUCAAUUUGCACGGAUCAUUUGAGUGUUGCACAACUCAGUCGAAUGUUACGAAUUGUGUUGGUCUGGUCAUUAAAACUGGUUCUGGCUUAGAAUUAACCAACGGCAACAAAUUCAUUGCAAAUAAAGUUGAGCAAUCAACAAGUGAAGGUGAAGCAAAAGGUGACUGGCGGGUGGAGACGAUUGGAGAAUGGCGCAAUUUCUCCGGU